CGGGGCCUUCCUCCGGACGCGACCUCGGUCCCCGUGGCUCGCAGCUGCUCGGCGACGCGACAGGCCCAGCGUGUGAGCGGAGAGGCGCGCGCUCGCGGGCGCCCGCCCUCUUCCCUCCCCCGCCUCCCCGCCAGGAAACGACAGCUGCGCGGGGCUGGCGCCGCCUCCCGCCACCUACCACGUCCGCCCCGCCGUCGCCGUCGCCCGGCGCCCCAGCCCGGCCGCGGCGCUCCCCGCCUCCCCGCUAGCGCAGCCGGCGGCUCUGCCCGGCUGCCGCCCGGCAUGAACAUCAUGGAUUUCAACGUGAAGAAGCUGGCGGCCGACGCGGGCACCUUCCUCAGCCGGGCCGUGCAGUUCACAGAAGAAAAGCUUGGCCAGGCAGAGAAGACAGAACUGGACGCUCACCUGGAAAACCUCCUUAGCAAAGCUGAAUGUACCAAAAUAUGGACAGAAAAGAUAAUGAAGCAGACCGAAGUGCUGUUGCAGCCAAAUCCAAAUGCCAGGAUAGAAGAAUUUGUUUAUGAGAAACUGGAUAGAAAAGCACCAAGUCGUAUAAACAACCCGGAACUUUUGGGACAAUAUAUGAUUGAUGCAGGAACUGAGUUUGGCCCAGGGACAGCUUAUGGAAAUGCCCUUAUUAAAUGUGGAGAAACACAGAAGCGAAUUGGAACAGCUGACCGAGAGCUGAUUCAAACAUCAGCCUUAAAUUUCCUCACUCCUUUAAGAAACUUUAUAGAAGGGGAUUACAAAACAAUCGCAAAAGAAAGGAAACUAUUACAGAAUAAGAGACUGGAUUUGGAUGCUGCAAAAACAAGACUAAAAAAGGCAAAAGCUGCAGAAACUAAAAGUUCACAACUAAACUCCGCCCGCCCUGAAGGAGAUAACAUUAUGAUUUGGGCAGAGGAAGUGACAAAAUCUGAACAGGAAUUGAGAAUAACUCAAAGUGAAUUUGAUCGUCAGGCAGAGAUUACCCGACUCCUGCUUGAGGGAAUCAGCAGUACACACGCCCAUCAUCUCCGCUGUCUGAAUGACUUUGUAGAAGCCCAGAUGACUUACUAUGCACAGUGUUACCAGUAUAUGCUAGACCUACAGAAGCAACUGGGAAGUUUUCCAUCCAAUUAUCUUUCUAACAACAAUCAGACCUCUGGGACACCAGUGCCAUAUGCUUUGUCAAAUGCAAUUGGUCCUUCUGCCCAGGCUUCAACGGGUAGCCUUGUAAUCACCUGUCCUUCUAACCUCAAUGACCUUAAAGAAUCCAGCAACAACAGGAAGGCUAGGGUCCUCUAUGAUUAUGAUGCUGCAAAUAGCACUGAACUGUCACUCCUGGCCGAUGAGGUAAUCACUGUGUUCAGUGUCGUUGGAAUGGACUCCGACUGGCUAAUGGGAGAGAGAGGAAAUCAAAAGGGCAAGGUGCCAAUUACCUACUUAGAACUUCUCAAUUAAACAGGGAGACCACGAGAGGUUACCCAUCACAACACCAUAUUUAUAUAAAUAACUCUAAAGCAGGUUUAAAUAUCUUCCAAUGUUAAUGUCAUAAGAGACUGAAAAAGAAAAAUUAUAAGCCAUCAGAAACUGGCCAUUCUGCCAAUAAAACUGCAUGGUUAAUCCUUCAUUACAGAAUCUAUGUUAGCGAUUUCAUGACAGGAGUGUUUUCUUAAACAAUUCUCUUUCUACUGAGGUUUUACUAACAAGCAACUUCUACUUUUGAGCCCCAACUUAAAAAUGAAAGGAUUCUUUUCUACUGAAUUUUUCAUUAACAGGAAGCUUUUUCUUUUAUGCAAAAUAAAUUUAUUGUGCAUGAUACCAGUGACUCAUUUAUUAGAUACAAUAGCCAAAGAAUAAAGUAAAAACUCCUUUUUACCUUGCUGCCCAAUAGGAAUCAGAUGACUUAAAUACUAGGCCUUACUAGGGUCUCUUGGCUUUGGAGUUUUGCUUGGUUUGGGUUGGGUUUGGUUUAUUUAUGUUUAUUACACUACUGGAUAGUUUCUUUUAAACCUGAGUCUUGAAAAGUAUUACCUUAUUUCAUAAUUUUGUUAAGAUUGCAGAACACUGGGGACAAAUUCAUUCACUAAGAAUAAUCUUCAGAUUAUUCAGUUGCCAAAAUUUGAUGACCAAUCAGAAUUGCAUCCAUUGAGAAGAUACUACACUACAGUAAAGAUUUGUUGUUGAACAAUGAUUGUGUAUAAAAUACAGAUUGGUGCGACAGCCUUCAUUAUAGGCCAAGUCAUGCAGUGGAUGCAGUCUGUCUUCAGCAGGAUCUUUGGUUAUGUGGCGCGCGCUCUGGAGGUUGCUAAUGACACAUUUGGAACUAGAGAAUUGCUGUGAGGACCAUGCUAUCCAUCAGCAAACGUUGCUGUGAAUUGCCAGUUGAGGAAUUCUUUGGUUAGGUCUUCAUGUCUCACUCGUUCAUCAUCCAUCCAUUCAAAAGACAUUUAUUGAGGGCCAGGUACUUUGUUGAUCAACUAAGUACACCUCUAACAGGAUUGAUAUUGUGAUGGAAGAAAUAAAAGUGUUGUGUUUAGGAAUUACCUGGUUUGGGUCUGAGAAGUCAGAAGUAGAAUCCCACGUAGAAGGAAAGACUUGUUUUGGGCCUAGAACCAACAGAACAUAAAAUUGUCCAGAGUACCUUAGUAGCGGAGUACAAAGGUGUAGUUCACUUACUCACAGAGUCUUGUAAACUUUUGAGCCCUAAAGUACUAUUUAAAUAGCACUUUAAAGCAUCCAUUUGUGUUAAGAGCUUGGUAAACAUGGAAAACUUGGUUCUUGGUCUCAGCAUUAAAAACCCCUUUCUCUGCAGUCAGAUAAAUUCCUCUGCAGUUUUCUAGUUCUGUAAGACUCUGACUUACACUUGAGUUACAUACUUGAGGGACUCCAGAGACAACUGAGAUGCUAGUGUUCUAGGGAAUCAAGUGAAUGAGGUUUGUUGUUCUUUUUCUUCCUCAGAAAGGAAGUUUUAUAGCCUAAAGCGCCAUCUGUUAUAUUUGUCCAAAAUUAGGUUUUGAGGGACUAUAGAAAUUUGGGUGACUUUAAACAGCAGCUUCAGUUCAGCAAAUUCAGUUUAUGGGAAAUAGAUCAGUGCAGGAGAAAAUAUAAAUAUGGACUGAAUUGGUUCUGGUUUGUAUCCUCACAUAUUGGGCUCCCUGGAGUUCAACUCAGAUUUAGAGCUGCCAUUUUUUAUCAGUAUAAUGGGAAUAAGCAUUGUUACCUAGCAGGAGACUAUUCCACAAGUAUUACUUUGUGUUUUGUGCUUUUAGGCAAAGACCUGGCAUAUAGUACAUAUGCUGUAAGCCCAGAUGUCCUUUUCAGUCCCUGACACAUGGGCAGUGAGGAACAUGUCUGACCUCUGUGCUGUGCUUGCCCCCUUCAGCCCAUUCUCCACCUCCCGGAAACCCGAGCAGAGCCUCCUCACCCCGCCCACACUCCUCACCCCGCCCACACUCCUCACCCCGCCCACACCCCUCACCCUGCCCCACACGCUCCUCUGUGUAAGCUCUGUAGCAGGACCCGGUGCUUCCAGCAGGAGUGCUGGUUACUGAAGAUGCGCUUAGACACAAGAGGACCCACCCAGGCUGUAGUGCUAAGAGGAGCAAAGGCGCUUUCCUUGUACCUUUGUCUAUUAUCGAUCCAACGUAAUCUUUAGGCCUGCUCUUUUGUUUUCAUUUUUUUGUUUUCAUGAGCUUUAUUGUUUGGUUGGGAGUUUUCUUUAAUUUUGGUUUUGACUUAAAGUUAUGAGUUUAGUUUUUGCUCACGUAAAGGCCCAAGGAAAUUGUGUAUCAUAGAAGAAAACUCUUAGAAAACCCAUUAAUUCGUGGUGUAAUUCAAAGUUAUUUAAAUAAACUCUUGGCGCCUGAGCAUAAUUCAGUAGCACAUUAAUGAGUGGAGGGUACAUAUAUUCAUAAAAUAAUAAAUGAGAUGUUUAUAGGCCCUCUACAAACUGAAAAAGAAGUGGAUUUUAACUACCUUUGUCCUUAAAGGAAUCUGACCCACAUGGUUAUAGUUAAAACAUUUUUUCAUGGUGCUAAUCAAAAAAAAAAAAAAAAAAUUCGUGUUGCAGGAGAUGAGGUUCCUAAAAUGAGAAUGUACCUCACUCCGAUGGAACAAGGAAAAUAAGGCCUAAGCCAGCAUCCCCAGGUUGCCACAGCCCAUCCUUCAUAGCAGGAAAAUAAGGCCUAAGCCAGCAUCCCCAGGUUGCCACAGCCCAUCCUUCAAGCAGGAGCGAAAGGAAGCUAGUGUUAGUCAGGAAGGAUGGUUCUGAGGAGAAGUGGCAGCGGGGAGGAGAGAGGGUGGCACAGACUUGUUUAUGCAGAGAGCUCUCACAGAGGACUGCUUUGUCACACAGUCCCAGCACCUGAAACUUUGCAAUGAACUGCCUAGUGGCACAAGCCAGAGUGAAGAGCUGUGGAGGGGAGCUCGGCUCACAGCCAGAUCUGCUUCACGCCCUCUGCUUCCCUGUGUGCUUCCCUCCCUGUCACAUCAUAAAACUAUGACGUAAGGGAAAGUUCACACGAGACUUUAAACCAGCCGUAUCAGCAUUGCUGCGAACUUGUUGAAAAUGCUAAUUGCUGUUUUCAAAUAUUCUACCUUAUUUAUACUUUUGUCUACACGGGCCUGUGGAUUAGUAGCAUUAAUCUUCCCUGUGACCGCUUUUUAAAUGUUUUAAGACAAAAACCUAAUUUUACUUUCUUUACUGUGUUCUAACUAUUAAUUGUAAUUAUGUUGUUAUUUUUAUAAUUUAUUUAUUUAGCAUGUAACUGUCACUUUAGAAUGUAGCCUUUCUAAGAUAGAGACUAUAAUUCUGUUAAUCAUAAAUCACUCUUAGCACACAGCUUGGCUCUUAUAUGCUCAAUAAAUACUUGUUGGGUAAAAGGGAAAAAAAUGCUAAUACCUGUGUCUUCCCCCACAAAACCUACUGAGCCAAAUUCUGGAAGCAGGGCCCCACAGUUGUCCAGGAAGCCAUUUGCAUGGCCCUGCGGUAGUCAGUUGUAAGAACCACCGCAGGGCCGACAGAAGUGGCCAUUCACCCUCAGGCACCAACGAUUGACAACACUUGAACAUUUCCCCUUGCCUCUGUUAGCCUUACCGCCACCCUCACUGGUUGAGGUCCUUUCAGACCCGUCUAAGAAGUGGGUCCGAAGGUAGAAGGAUACAGUCAGUGUCAGUGAGGAGAGGACUGCGUAGAAGAGCAGGGCCUGGGUGACAGGAGUCUGGGAAUGUGGACCUACCUCUACAGCAGUGUUCUCACCUGUGUCGUAUGACCCUUUCACAGGGCUCGGCUAAGGUCAUCGGAAAACACAGAUAUGUAUUUACAUUAUGAUUUGUAACAGGAGCGAAAUGACAGUUAUGAAGUAACAGGGAAAAGAAUGUUACGGUUGGGGUCACCAUAACAUGAGGAACUGUAUUAGAGGGCCACAGCGUUACACAGGCUGAGAAUCACAGCUCUAAAGAAAGUGAGCUCUAACCACCAUACUUCCAUACAGUGCCUUUGAACUGGGGUUUAGCUUCAAGACACCCUGAGAAACCAGUGAAGCAGUAUUAGACUAAUGUAUGCACACCUCUGUACCUCAGUCCCUAAGCUGUAAUCUAACUCCUACGACAGUAGACUUUUUAAGAAUUGUUAAUGCUUUUUUAUUAAUACAAGUCAUAAUAUGCUGACAAAAAGAAAAAUUUUAGAGGUUAAAAAUAAAACAUGGCCUACAGUUCCACUAUCAGAGAAGUGCUAUGACUGAGGUGGCCUCCAGGCUCUCUGCACACUUACAGAUUUUUUUAACGGGAUCAAAUUGUACAUGCUGUUUUGUAACUUUUUCACUCAACAGUCCCAUGCCUAUCUUGCUGUGUCAUGUGUGUCUACAUCUUUUUUAAUGGAUGCAUGAUAUUUCCUCAUAUGUGCCACAUUUUGUUAAACUACUGUUGAAUUUUUAGGUUUCCAGUUUUUCACUAAUAAACUGCUUUGAAGAGCACUGUGCUGC